AUGGAUGGUGAUGGGUUGUGCUUGACGACAGACGUUGACAUAUUCCUCAGUCACAUGAACAACGCCAGGUACGUGAGAGAGCUGGACUUUGCUCGUUCCUUCUUUUACGACCGUUGCGGUAUUUUUCGGGAAAUCAAGAAAAACGGCGGAAAAUUAGUCCAAGGGGCGACCGCCAUACGGUACAGACGGCCCAUGCCUGUUUUUGCCCUCUACAAAAUAACGACGGAACUCAUUUAUUGGGAUGACAAAAAUAUAUACACACAGCAUGAAUUCGUCAAGUUGUCCGACAAAUUUGUACACGCAACGGUGCUGAGCAAACAGAGCAUCGUAGGAUCCGCUAUCCACGUACCCGACAUAAUCGAACAAAUUGAGCCGGGCGCAAUCAGAUUUGAGUUAUCGGAAGAGCUAAGUCUGUGGAUGAAAUCUUUGUCCGAGUCGUCGCUCAAGUUCAAGAGAUUGAGGGAAGAGGAGCUCAAUGUCGAUACCACGGCUUUUUUACAAGAUCCUUGAGGUCAUCGAAGAUCAAUAAUAGUGCAAAUGUACAUGUGAUACGAGUUUUUCUAGAUGUAUAAGUCAUUUAAAUAAUUAAGCUUUCGACGAUUUUAUACUAUUUUACACUGGUAAGCUUUGUACACCCAAUUGACGUACCCCAAUAAAA